GGUUGUUUGUCUCCAAAGAAAAAUUCUCCACAUUGUUCAACAAUGUUUAAGAAAAAGAUUAAACUGGACUUGGAGGCCUUCUCCUGCUCAAUCUGUCAGGAUCUAUUGAAGAAUCCUGUGACGAUUCCCUGUGGACACAGCUACUGUAUGAGAUGUAUUAAAACGCGCUGGGAUGAAGAGGAUCAGAGGAGACUCUACACCUGUCUUCAGUGCAGCAAGGACUUCACACCGAGGCCAAAUCUGGUGAAAAACAUCAUSUGUGCWMAGUURKUGGAGGASCUGAAGAAGACUGGRCWGRARGAURCUCCRGCUGAUCUGUGCUAUGCUGGAGCUGAAGAUGUGUCCUGUGACGUCUGCUCUGACAGGAAACUGAAAGCUGUCAAGUCCUGCCUGAACUGUUUGGCCUCUUAUUGUGAAAAACACCUCCGACCUCACCAUGAAGCUCCACCAUUACAGAAACACCAGCUGGUGGAGCCCUCCAAGAAGCUCCAGGAGAACAUCUGUCCUCGUCAUGAUGAGGUGAUGAAGAUCUUCUGUCGUACUGAUCAGCAGUGUAUCUGUUAUCUCUGCUUAAUUGAUGAACAUAAAGGACAUGAAACUGUCUCAGCUGCAGCAGAAAGAGCUGAGAAGCAGAAGAAUCUAGAACAGAUCCGACAACAAAUCCAACAGAGAUUUCAGGAGCGAGAGAAAGAUGUGAAGCUGCUCCAACAGGAGGUGGAGGCCAUCAAUGUCUCUGCAGAUAAAACGGUCAAAGAAAACGACAAGAUGUUCUUUGGGCUGAUCAAGACCAUCAAGGAAAAGAGGAUGGAGGCCAAAAAUCGAGUUUUAGGUCAGAAGAAAUGUGAAGUGAGUCGAGUCAAAGAGCUUCAGGAGAAGCUGGAGCAGGAGAUGACUGAGCUGAAGAGGAAAGACGGCCAGCUGGAGCAGCUCUCACACACAGAGGAUCACAACCAGUUUCUCCACAACUACCCCUCAGUGUCAGCACUCAGUGAGUCUCCACACUCAUCCAGCAUCAAGACUCGUCCUCUCAGCUACUUUGAGGACGUGACGGCAGCUGUGGACCAGCUCAGAGUCAAGAUACAGGACGUCCUGAGGGGGGGUGGAUGGAUGACUAUUCAAUUAACUAAAAUUAAAGUGGAGGAUUUACUGCCAGAAUCAGAACCAAAGACCAGAGAUGAGUUCCUACAAUAUUCACAAGAAAUCACUCUGGAUCCAAACACAGCUCACAGACAGCUGGUUUUAUCUGAGGGGAACAGAAAAGCAACAUUAAUGAGACAACAUCAGUCUUAUCCUGAGCAUCCAGACAGGUUCACUGUUUUCCAGCAGGUUCUGAGCAGAGAGAGUCUGAGUGAACGUUGUUACUGGGAGGCGGAGAGGAGCGGCAGAGCUGCUCAUUUUGCAGUUUCAUAUAAAUAUCGCAGCAGAGACGGCAGUAAUCUUAGUAAGUUUGGAUUCAAUGAUCAGUCCUGGGCCUUACGUUGUCUCUCAAAAAGUUACACGUUUUGGCACAACAACACCUGUACUCUAGUCUCAGGUCCUGGUUCCUCCAGGAUCGGAGUGUACCUGGACCACAGAGCAGGUAUUCUGUCCUUCUACACCGUUUCUGACACCAUGACCCUCCUCCACAGAGUCCAGACCACCUUCACUCAGCCGCUCCACGCUGGAGUUUGGCUCGUAGGCUGUGGAACGACUGUUGAGUUUGUUACAACUCAGAACAGUGGCUGAAGCUGGUUUGUUUUAGGUUUUGCUGUUUUCUGUAUUGUUAGCUAAACCUUCGUAUUGUACUCUGUUCUGUAUUUUAUAUUAACUUUUUUGUGUUAAAGUUUUAUUUGAGCCUCAGUAGUUUCCUUUACUCUUCUUGCAUCUAGAAAUGUACUUAUAAACCUGUCUUAAUGUGAGACCAUCUUUCACUGGAACAUGUGUAUCAUCUAUUGUUUACCAUGAUGGCUUUUAAAAUAAAAAUAACAUUCAGAGUAAA